AUGCUGCAGCAAAUUUUGCUAGAUCUCUACAUUGAUCCUGAGCUUUUGGCGGAGCUGAACGAAGAGCAGAAACACAUCCUCUUCUACAAGAUGAGGGAAGAGCAGGUCAGGCGAUGGGAAGAAAGAGAGCAGGCACUCCAAGAAGGAAAGCUUAGCCUGAAGAGGACGAGGAGGUUUCAAAAGAGUAACAGGAAGCACGUCCAGUGGCUUCAGGGAUCUGAUGGCGAGGUCUGGGUUUGGAUCAUGGGAGAAGCCCCUGGAGACAAGUCAUACGAGCAGAUUUCAGAGGAGCUUCUUGCAGAACGAGCCAGACAGCAGGCUCAGAAGGAAGCAGAAGAGCUAUGGAAACAAAAGGAAGCUGAAAUCACAAAGAAGUUCCGUGAUGCUAUGGCAAAGGAGAAAGCUCGAAUAGUGGCAGAGAAAUGGAAGAUAGAGGCAGAAGAUCGCAAAGCAGCCAAAUUGGUGGAGGAGGAGAAAAUCCAAGAGGAAUUGAAGAGAAAAGAAGAAGAAGAAAGGAAAAGAGGGGAAGAGCAGAUUCGAAAGCAGGAGGAACUCAGAGCUCAGGAGCUAUACAUGAGUCUCAAGGCGGCCCACCAAUGCAGCAAAUGCAGUGAGAAGGAAGACCAUGAAUGGAAAGAACAGCGUAUCCAGCAGUGUGCAUCCAUGGUGAUGGAGUAUCCAGGAGGAAGUUUCCAGGUUGAUGAAGAGUAUCAGGUUGAUGAAGAGUGUCCAAAAGCUGGAAUCCAGGUUGAUGAAGAAUAUCCACAAGAUGGAAUCCAGGUUGAUGAAGAAUACCCACAAGAUGGAAUCCAGGUUGAUGAAGAAUACCCACAAGAUGGAAUCCAGGUUGAUGAAGAAUACCCACAAGAUGGAAUCCAGGUUGAUGAAGAAUAUCCACAAGAUGGAAUCCAGGUUGAUGAAGAAUACCCACAAGAUGGAAUCCAGGUUGAUGAAGGGUUUUCAAGAGAGGUUAUCCAGAUUGAUGAAGACAAAGCAUGGCAAUGGCCCCAGAGGCCUUUGUCCAGAGAAGCCAUAAUUCAGUGGUUCAAAGAGGAACAGAUUCCACGGCGGGCCGGCUUGGAAAGAAACUCCAACGCUAUCGCUCCUUGGUUCCAUGGUAUUAUUAGUCGGCAAGAAGCAGAAGAAUUGUUGAUGAACAAGCCAGAAGGGACAUUCCUUGUGCGGGUCAGUGAUAAAAUCUGGGGAUAUGCCCUUUCGUACCGGCAUCACAAUGGCUUCAAACAUUUCUUGGUGGAUGCGUCAGGAGACUUCUACAGCUUCCUGGGAGUGGAUCCCAACCGUCACGCAACACUCACGGAUCUUAUCGAUUUCCACAAGGAAGAAAUAAUAACAUCUUCUGGUGGAGAGUUGCUUCUGGAACCUUGCAGUCAGACGAAGAGCACUCCUGACUAUAAUUUGUUAUUUGAAUGA